CCGAGAUGGGAGGGUUAGAGAUCUGAUGACAUGGGGUGAAUUGCUGUGCCGUUAUCACGCGUUGAGUGGUUUUGCUGGUGACGUGACAGGUCAGGAGAUUUAUCUUAUCAGUUUAUCUUAUCGGAUCAACAGUUUUGCUCACUGGUAUCCCCACGUACCCUAAACUUCCAUUGUUGAGCUAAGUUUCAGCGAAGACUGCAGAGACUUGAUCUUUUAAUGGAUACAAUUUAUGUAUAUAUAAAUUUUCUUUUUAGUAGAUUCACCGCUUCAAUAGUCACAAUUGUCUACUGUGGCUGGCGAGUUCGUGCAUUAGCGAUUUGGAUUAUUCCUUGGCUGUUCACCAGGGUUGUUGGAUUAAGAUUGUGUUCGUUUAACAAAAAAUAGUGUCAUUAAGGAAAUUUCUUCGUGCUCAAAAGGAUGGCUGUCAUAGUCAUUCAAGCCCAGGUAAAAUGAUCAUCAAGUUCC